UUAAAUAAAGUUAUUUAUCCCGCACAGUUAACACUAUUAAAAAAAAGAAAAACCCUACAUAAAAAGACUCUCUCCUAGGACUGUAUCCACCUUUUCCAGCCCACCGGAGCACCUGAAAGCUAUGCUAAUUUAUGCAGGCUAAAGACAGCACCUGAAAGCUGAACUAAUUUAUGCAGGCUAAAGUCAGCAACUGCCGAGCUGAGGAGUUUGUGACGAAUGAAAUCACUGACUGACCAAGAAGCGGUACGCACUUUGAUUGAACUCAUGGAUGAACAAGAACCACAACCUACAGGUACUACAUCUACUGAAUUCCUUGAUGUUAAGAUCAUAAGAGAUGACAACGGUUUCCUUUCCACUGACCUUUUUAGAAAAAGUACUUCUGCCAACACUAUACUUCAUGCAAAAUCCGGACACCCACGACACCUAGUGAAUAACAUCCCAACUGGACAAUAUCUUCGGGCACGACGUAUCUGUUCCAAUACCUUGGACUUCGAGAAACAAGCUGAAGAUCUUCAGGUUAAAAGACGUACCAUCAAACAGGAUUCCGAUACCGUUAGAUUCAUCACAACAUACCACUCACGGACCCAAGAUAUGAACACAGCAAUUGCAAAAUACUGGCCCUUACUUACGACAGACCAGGUUCGGGGCAUUGAUCGGGUCUAUGCUGGCCCUCGUGGCGGCAAUUGGAAAACUCUUCUCGCUCAAAAAGAAUGUAAAUGGAUUGAAAUUUUGGGAACAAAAACUCCGGCUGGAUUGAACGAGAUCAACAGUUUUGCCUCCUAUUUGGUCUACAAUACAUCUUGCUCAUCAUUCUAUCAAUAUGGCAGGAGACUCCCCUUUUCCUUCCUUUUCUCUCCUCCUUUCCCAUGUUCCCCAUCCUUAUGUACUAUUCGAUAUAUCUUUAAUUUAAAUGCGGUGCUCGGUGGAAGGUUUGACAGAGCCAUUGGCUCCUCACCCAGUCAAUCACUCUUGUGCUCGCUGGCUCAAGUUAGCCAGAGAACACAAGAGGCCAGGCUGAGCUCUUCCUGCUUCUGCGAACGAGUGACUUCAUCAGAUGCCGGAGCACAGAGGAAGAGAAAGGAAGAGCCCAUGCUAAGGAAGCCCCCCGCCGCCGGAGCCGCUGGGAAGAGGGUAGAAGAGCCGCAGAAGGCAACUGGAUAUUCAUAUGCUGCAGAGGAGGAAAGGGAUGAAGAAUAUAAUCCUGAAGAAUCUUCUGAUGAGGAAGAUUAUAGUAUUCAACAGGAGACGGAAAGUGACAGUGAGGAGGAAACAGCUGCAACAAUACAUGAAAUAACGCCGAAACGAAAAGCUCUUCUGGAAAGACUAAGAAAAAAGGCAGAACUACAUGGCGAGCUACAUGAGCACUCUUUCCAAAACGACCCAGAGUGGCCAAGCAUCAAUGACAUCCCAGGUGACAUAGUUACAUAG